CUAGUGUCUUCUUCAUUUAACAUUUCUCAUGCCGAAUAAAAUUCGACUCUAGUCCUUUUUAAGCUGAGGUUAAAAAAACAAGGAAAGCUAAACAGCGGAAAGAAGGAAAGAAAGAUGGUGAUGGAGAAGUACCAGCAGAUCUGGUUAGUGUUAGGUACACUGACCUUUUUCGCCUUAUCAGCCUUAGCAGACGACGUCGUUGUGCUAACAGAAGAUAACUUCGAGAAGGAGGUCGGUCAAGACAGAGGCGCUCUCGUUGAAUUCUACGCUCCUUGGUGUGGACAUUGUAAAAAGCUUGCUCCCGAGUAUGAGAAACUUGGAACAAGCUUUAAGAAGGCAAAGUCCGUUUUGAUUGGAAAGGUGGACUGUGAUGAGCAUAAGAGCUUAUGCAGUAAAUAUGGGGUUUCUGGAUAUCCAACAAUUCAAUGGUUCGCUAAAGGAUCUCUGGAGCCCAAAAAGUAUGAAGGGCCACGAAAUGCAGAAUCCCUUGCUGAGUUUGUGAAUAAUGAAGGAGGAACCAAUGUAAAGAUAGCUACAGUGCCAUCCAAUGUAGUGGUGCUGACGGCUGAUAAUUUUAAUGAGGUUGUCUUGGAUGAAACCAAAGAUGUUUUGGUUGAGUUUUAUGCACCAUGGUGUGGCCAUUGCAAAAAUCUUGCUCCUACAUAUGAAAAGGUAUCUACAGCAUUUAAAUCGGAGGAAGAUGUAGUGAUUGCAAAUCUAGAUGCUGACAAAUAUAAGGAUCUGGCUGAAAAGUUUGGAGUAAGUGGAUUCCCAACACUUAAAUUCUUUCCAAAAGGCAACAAAGCUGGGGAAGAAUAUGAGGGUGGUAGAGAUUUAGAAGACUUUGUCAGUUUCAUUAAUGAAAAAUGUGGAACCAGUCGUGAUGGAAAAGGACAACUUACCUCAAAAGCUGGUAUAGUUGAAUCUUUGGAUGCCUUGGUGAAAGAGUUUGUAGCUGCCGAUGAUGAUAAAAAGAAAGCAGUGGUUUCUCGGAUAGAAGAGGAAGUUGAGAAACUUAAGGGUUCCACUGCAAGGUAUGGAAAGAUUUACGUGAAAACUGCUAAGAACUGUAUGGCCAAAGGUUCUGAUUAUACCAAAAAUGAAAUUGAGCGGCUGCAGCGCAUGCUUGACAAGUCAAUCAGCCCAGCGAAGGCAGAUGAAUUCACCCUUAAGAAGAAUAUCCUGUCAACAUUUGCUUGAUCUUGUGGAUCAUUUUAUUCACUUAUCAAUACUUAUGUGGUUAAUUAUCAUUGGGUUUUGUGGGGAUUGGUUCCUUGCACCAAAAGAAAAAAAAAAAAAAAAAAAAUCUGCCGCCACCAGAUGUUCACCUUGAAAUUCAUAGAACAAGGUUACUUCUCACACAUGCGGUAGCAAAAACCAUUUGGAGAACCGCUAGCGAGUGCAGUUAUUUUAUAUGUAUUUCUUUAUAUCUGUACUUUUAUUAACAAUGGCAGUAGAUUGAAUUUCUCAGAUGAACUUUAGAUAAGCUAGUCACGCCAAUUAAAUGUGCUGAUAAGGACUUCUCAACCUGGAUGAAUUUUUCAUUUUUUCUUUUCUCUUGACACUCGAUUGAAUGAAUUGUUGCUCGACAUGGAUGAGUUAAGACA